AUGGGCGGCCAAGUCUCGAAGCUCAUGGGCAAGAUCUUUGGAUCGAAGGAGAUGAGGCUGCUCAUGCUUGGGCUGGAUGCUGCCGGGAAGACAACCAUUCUCUAUAAGCUCAAGCUAAACCAGGACGUCACCACCAUCCCGACCGUCGGCUUCAACGUCGAGACCGUGACAUACAAGAAUGUCAAAUUCAACGUGUGGGAUGUUGGUGGUCAGGACAAAAUCAGACCAUUGUGGAGACAUUAUUUCUCAGAAGAACCCCGUGCAGGCACACAAGGACUGAUUUUCGUUAUUGACUCAAAUGACCGUGCCCGUAUCGAUGAAGCCCGUCAGGAACUACACAGAAUCAUUCUUGACCGUGAAAUGAAGGAGGCCCUCCUAUUAGUCUUUGCCAAUAAACAAGAUAUCCCCGGAGGUACGGACCACUCUCCUGCCCACUCUCUCUUCCUCGCUCCCUCCUCUACGUUUUUCUUCUAUCUACAGCCAGCUAACAGCGUACUCCAAAUUACAGCUAUGAGCCCACAAGAAGUCACUGAAAAACUGCAACUCUCUCAACUCAAGGACAGGAUAUGGUACGUCGUACCAACCUGUGCCACCACAGGAGAAGGUUUAUUCGAAGGACUGGUAAGAUAUUCGCUUUCAACUCAUUAG